AUGGAAUACGAAAAUCCUCGAACUUGUUUGUCACAAAACAUUCCUUACCCCAAUUGCGGCUACGGCGAACGCAAUGCGCCAUUAACGCUUGCUCACAAUACCCGAGAAAAUCCUCGUAGCUAUCCUGUUGGUGGCCCAGUAGGUGGAAUGCAUAACCGAGGGAUGAUGGCAAGAGAAGAUUCGGUAAUGGAGACUGGUCCUGCAAGACGUCGCAUUGCAGUAGCGUGCGCACGUUGUCGUAAAAGGAAGAUUCGCUGUAGCGGAGACCCAGGCAAUGGCUCUGGUUGUAUAAACUGUCGCCAGGCUAGUGUUGAUCCAAUGAGCUGCCAGUUCCAUCGGGUGGGCUCUGACAGUUACGACAAAGUCAUAGGUAACUUCACGAUGGUCCCCAGUUUGAGCAGCAUGGCGAAUGCCCAGCACAUGGUGCCUUUGUACCAAACAGGAGGCAGCACGGCGGUGUACCCUCGCUCAGUGUCUGUUCCGUCAUUUUCUCAAUACCAACAAACUGACAAUCGAUCGGUGUGCAAUCCAGUGUGGGCCGCCCCAUACUCCGAAGACAUGUCGCCUGUGGAUACAUACAAUUUUGACCAACCGCCACCAUACGCGAGUAUAUACGGGUCGCAGCAUCGAGGAGGCGACCUAGCGGCAAGACCUUUGCAGUAUGGGGGUACAUGCUUCGAUCAUGAGUCACUAAAUGCCUCGCACUAUACUACUUCGAACGGCCGGUUGAACCCAUCAGACCUUUCUCCUCUAGACACUAGCAUGGCCUCACUUCAACUAUCAGUGUCCGAGAGGCUCCAACCCCGACAGCCUCACCCAUCAGAGUCCAGCGGCCCUCGGAGAGAGCUGCCGGUUCCGCAGCCGAAUCUUUCCCAGUCCAGCCGUAAUGUUGUAGACCAGAUGCAAGACGCACGCCUCCUCCGCUACGCCCCGCCAAUAGGAUCUAUUAUGGAUAACAGAGUAUCUUUCUCGAAGCCACUGAUACCUUGGGAUCUCGACGGGAGCAAGCAAACAAACGCGCCAGUGGUAGCUUCGGUCAGCGCCCAUCAAGCCCAACUGUCAGAUAGCAUGGAAAGUCCAACAAGCUGUAUUUCCACCACGACAUCUGCUCCAAACAAUACGGCCACGACAAGCACGAGUUCUCAGCUUGACUUGAGCUUCAGCACCGCAGGUCCUCUUGAUGGCAUGAGUGCACCAACAGCAGCCACUCCGUAUUCGUGUGUCCGCGCCAGUCGUCACAUGGCACCUGCAGAUUCGCCAACGAACCUCUACGGCUUCGGCAACACUCGCCCAAUCAAGCGGAACGCAUCAAACGACGAUUUGGCAAAUGAAUGCUCGUUGGUCAGCGGUCACCGCUACAGUCUGAAUCCUUCUCCUCCGCAAAACUCCCAGGGCAGCCGCAAGACACACCGGGAUUCGUGCAAAGGCCGAAAUGCUCAGCUGCAGCACGCUGCGACUGGAAAUCUCAACGCAUGCCAAUAG